AUGCCAUUAGAACAAAACAAAGGUCCUUGCAAAGUUAAAGAUUGUAAUCAUAAUGCAAAUCGGUAUUAUAAAUUUACAGCAAAAGCUAUUGAAAAAUCCAAAAAAAAAAAUACAUUUGAUGAUUAUAAUUAUUUAAUAUUAAAUAAUCAAUUAUAUGAUGCUCAUUAUUUAAGAAUUGUAGAACCAGAUAGAGGAAACAAAAAAAAAUUAACAGAUUUUGUUGCUAGUAAAAAAAUUUAUGAGAAAGAUAUUAUAAUUGAUAUUUCUGAUGAUCAAGUUACUUUAAAUAAAAAUGAUUUUAUUAAAUUAAUUAAUAGAACUAAUGAAUUAAAAUUACUUCAAGCAAAAUCAA